AUGUCCCCUGGGUCGGUGGUAUUUUUCAUUUUCGACCUAUCCAUCAAAUGCUGCCAGCUAACACGUCCCAGUUUAGAUAAAGGCAAUGCCGAAUGUAGAAAAGGCCUCAAAUUGCCAGCGCACCGGAAAUUCAACUUUGCCGAACUAUAUACGAUUAAUAUGUGCAUUGAGGAGUGCAACUUCAUAGGCUGUGGCUACAUCGAAAUCGAUCCACCCUUUCGCCUGGAUCUGGCCAACAUCCGCACCAAUCUGCAGACGAUUGCACCCCAGCCACAGAAUGAAUCGAUUCCAUUCCUGGAGGAUGCGUAUCGGAAAUGCGAGUUAUUCCGAUCCUCGCACGGAAGACGAUUCACUCUCCACCUGCCAGAUAUUGAAUUCAUCGAGGAACCCUGCAAUCCCUUUGCCCUACAAAUCACCAUAUGCAUCCGCAUCCAUGCCAUGCAAAAGUGUCCCAGCGAAUUUUACGUGGACAGCGAGGAGUGCCGAUUGGCCAGGGAAUACUUCACCCAGUGCGUCGGGGAUAUUGAAACCAAUCUUGCCUAAGCAUCAACCUGAAAUCGGCGAAAGUUCAUACGUAUCCUGUGAAAACUUACACUGGAACCUGCUAAAAUGUGUUGAAAAAUAAAGGAAAAAGUCGUAAAAGUCAUAGAUGAAAUAUGGCAAUUUGACUGUGAAGUCCUCGGUGUGGGUUAUUCUGCUCUUGGCUGCACUGUCACAACUGCAAAUUGAAUCGCACUCACACUCACACACACACACAGGACCUGCUCGCAUGUCAAUGUCCUCUGCUGACUUUGCAUAACUUCGUCUGCUGCUGCCAGCUCCCCAUGCCCCAAAAGCUUCUCUUUCACUAUUUAAACUUGUUAGUUUUUUGACACUUUUUUUUAACACAUGCACAUUACUUGCAAGGCGAACGGGUAUGCCCAAUUUAAGGAUUAGUUGGUUGCGAGAUAAUGGCAGGAUUAACAUAAGCUGAUUUAAAAAGAGUAUAACGUUCAUUGUAUUCCAAUCCAAUAAUAUUUGAAUCUCAAAACAAAAAAAUCCUAGGAAUCUACAUUAUAACUCUUGUUGAGUAAUCCCUAUUCGAUCACUUGUUAAAGCAACAUUUGCCCAGCCAAGUCAGCAGCAAAAGUUGCCGUUAUAUAUAACACGUCUGUCGGUCUGUCUUCGGGUGGUUUCACUGUGUUUUUUGUCGGUGUCGCAGGACAUGUUAUGCAACUGGAAUAAAGGAGCAGAAUUUAUGUGUUAGCUGGAUGACUGUGCCAGCAAGUCCUUGGCCCUAACCCCCUGCCAUCCUGCCCCGUUCGUCCUCGGCGUGCCAAUGUGUCUGGCUUUGCAGCGUCAGGUUAAACGGGAUUUAUGUCCUUCAAGACGUGCAGUCUCAGCCUGUUUUCUUAAAACAAUUAACGAAUUACGGCUCUCUCCUUUGGCCUCGCCCUCCUGCCAAAUCCAUCUCUGUUCUGUGUUUGUUCCUCUGGCAGGGAGUGGAUCCAGUCCUGAUUUGCAUUUCCAGCCGAGAAGAAGCUGGCAGGGGGGCAACUGGAUGCCCCGGGCCGACAAUCAAAGGACUUUGGCUUGGCUUGGCAUUUUUCUUUAAUUACGCCCUCGAGUCAAAUUAAAAGCAAAUGAUAGUUGUUUCCCUUUGCUGUAUCCUUUUCCCGCCUUUGCUCCUUUCGUUAUCUGUGGCUCUCCGGGAUUUUCCAGUUUACUUAGUCAAAUCAAAGCUUUCAAGAAAAUUGUUUUCCUUUCUUUUUGAUGGUCAAACUGCUGACCAAGGACCAAGUCGUCCGUACAUGCACACACAUACACACCGCUGCUGCCCACUUAAGCAGGAUCUCACACAUUCAUAGCUCCUUAUUACAGCUAGACUGCUUUGUUAGCUGCAUGUCCUUGAGUGCACUCGAGUCGGAGCUUUUGAGUUUGAGGUUUUUGUGGCAAAUAAUUUGUGUAAUUAAGUGACCACCAACAGCCCCCCUUCCAGUUAAUUGCUUAUUUGUGUAGCUAAUUAGUUGGG